UUUUUUUAUUCAAUUUUAUUUCAGUAUACAGCUUAAAGCAAAAGGCCUUUAGUCACCCUGUCCAUCGGUGAAGCAAACAACUUGUCUAAUUUGCACUCGAUUAAAAAAAUGGACAGGGUAUUUUCAAGCCUGACGGUGUUUGCUGGGAUACUAGCCCUUGUCUUCCGGUCAACCUGCUGCCAAGAGCAGCUGACGACGAUCAUUCCUGGUGACGUCAUUUUUGGCGGUCUCUUUGACGUCAACGAGCUGGAAAAUGGCGCCUGCGGUAAAUUUAGCCCUGAACUGAUCCACGAAGUCGUCGCAGUCACGUGGUUUCUGCAAUCUCUCAACAACAGGAACUACAUUCCUGGGGUCAAAAUAGGUUUCGACGUUUUCCGAACAUGUUCAACUAUUGAGCGUUCGCUUGAUGGAGCUUUGAGACUUCUAACCAGAUACAGAGUUGAAGAAACUACCAAUUCCACUGCAGUUUUGUUUGGAUUGCUGGGACCAGAGAGGACGGAAGGCGUGAAGUUUGUUUCAAGAUGGCUAAGUUCUCUCCCCGACAACAAGCGCCUCUUGCAGAUCAGUGGCUCAGCAACGGGUAUGGGACUUAGUAGUCACUUAAAGUACCCGAACUUCUUUCGAGUGAUUCCCUCCGACAGUAUUCAAGUCAAGGUGCUGGAACAGUUGCUUGUACAGCUGGGAUGGAAUUACAUUGCCAUUGCCUACGACGACGACAACUAUGGGCGCUUCUGUGGCAGGAGAACUACGGCGCCUGGCAAAAGAGAGAGACAUCUGUAUACCUGUGUACGUCAGUCUGCCAAUAUAUCAAGUUCUCAGAAUGGCCUUGUGCGGGGCAUCGUUAUUGUGGCAAGCUCCUCCAGUCUGCGCAGGCUCAUACAGAAGCUGGGCGACAAGCGUUACGUCAGCCUUGUUCUCGGAGAAGCUGUGGGGCUUCAGCAGACAAAUUUACAAUCCACCCCGGGUACAAUCGUGCCCAUCGCACGUGGGGCGCUCGUGACGUCACCGCCUUAUUUCCCGUUGCCCGAAUUUCAGUCAUUCUGGAACGACCUUUGGACACAUCAAACACUUUUCACUGAUUAUGCGAGAAAAAUUCCUUGGCUGGCGAGAUUGUUUCAGCAGGUGACUCAGUGUGACUUUACUCAGUCUGGCUGCUGGAGUAGUAGAAGGCAGGAUGUCAACAGCGUGAAGAAGACUGUGAGUCUGUACACGGGGUAUCACUUGAAAGCAGCGGCAGUCCUGGCAGCUUUCUUGAAGCAACAACACACAGCAAACUGUUCAGGUUCAAAUAUUUCAUUGUGCACAAAUUUGACUGAGUUGAUAUCAGAUAGCAGCCGCUUGCUGACAACAUUCCGUAAAUCACCCAUUUCCCUUAGCGAGUUUAGUACAGAGCUUGCAGAAUUUGGCAACAUGACAUCAGUCGCAUUUGAUGAAAACGGAGACAUCUUAUUAACGGGUGGAGAAUCCAACUACACAGUCUACAAUGUUCAAGAAAAUAACGACAAACACUAUGUAUUCAAGCAGGUUGCGACAUACGCAGACAGCAAACUUAUUAUCCAAGAGUCUGAUGUAGUCUUUUACAGUAAAGACGGAAGUUCUUUGUCCUGGUCACAAAGACUGCCUGCUCAGUGUGACUGCAACACUGACUGUCUUCAGUGCAAGAAAGACGUGUCUGAUGAGAUCCUCUUCAUAAAAGGGGAUUUUUAUAUUGUCGGAAUUCUGUCAAUACAUGAGAAAAAUCCCUUGUCAUCUCUUACAUGCGGCAAGAUUAAAACACUUGCAGGCGCGGAUUUAGCACAGUCCGUGGCGUUUGCAGUGAAAGAAAUAAACAAAAAAGAAGGAAUGUUUGCAGACAUCUUGCCAGGUCAUAAGAUUGGACUGCUACUUCUCAACUCCUGCAGCAGUCCUCUCGUGGUCCGCCAGAGACUUCUGGACUUGCACACUGGACGUCUGCCCCUGCCUGACCCUAGCCACCUCAACAGCAGCAUCUUGCUGUCAAACAUUAUGGGAUACGUGGGUGCCUAUUUUAGUGGCGAUAGCAUUGCGGCGGCAGAAAUAUUGACAGGCAUUGGCAGACCUUUUGUACAGGUGAGUGCUUCUUCCACUUCUUCUGACCUCAAGGACAGAGUAAAAUAUCCCUACUUUAUGCGUCUGGUUCCAGCGGACGACGUGCAAACACAGAUCCUGCUGGACGUGGCAGUCAAGCUGAACUCCACUUACAUCCAGGUCAUGUAUGACAAGAUGGCGGACUACGCCCAAGGACUCGUGCGAAAGCUUGAAGAAGCGUUGACACAGAACUACACCAAUAUCUGCAUCGCUCAGAAAAUCGCCGUUACUAGUCGCAGUGAUGUCAGCGAAUACAAAUGGAUCAAGGAUGAGCUCCGCAAGAAGAGUGCUGCCAAGCUGGUCAUCGUCGUGCUCUAUGACGUAGACAUUGAGAAGGUCAUGGACGCCAUUUUACCUGACCUCACGUCCAAUGACAAUUUCCUCUUCCUCGCAAGCGAUUCGUGGGGCAAACACCAGGAGCUAAUCCAAGGCAAGACCAAGUUGGAAGGGUCGCUGGUCCUUUCACAAGACGUUUUAUACAACUCGUCCUUUCACACCUAUUUCACGUCUGUGGAUCCCACAAAAACAGAGAAUGUUUGGCUCAGAUACUUCUGGGAGGCCAGGAAAAACUGUUAUUUUGACAAAAGUUUUGAAAGGAAAGGCAAGACAGGACUCUGUCCAGAAAAUAUAGCUUCCGAUUAUGUCGACGAUCCUCUAGCUUCACUUCACAUACAAGCUGUGAAUGCUCUUGUACUAGGCUUCAACCAAACCUUGAAUAAACUGUGCGGAUCAGCUGCAAGGCAGUUGUGCAGUGCUUUUACUUCGGAGGAGCUUGUCAAGACGAUGAAGAGCAUCCGUCUAGACAUGUACAAUAGAGGAGAACGUACACAGGUGUUUGAUGACAACGGAGACGGGGUUGUGGGCUUUAAGAUUCUACAGGUGACACGAGACAGAACGUCUCCAGUAGAUGCUGUGAUAUACACUGAGGUUGGAUCAUGGACAAACCAAAAGCUAACAUUAGACGAAAGCAAGCUAACGCCACCUGGUGGUGAACAGUUUUCAGCGGUCUGCCCGAACCCAGCUGAGUGUAGCGCGUGUUUCAAACAAGCUAAACAAACAACAACCAUAUCUAAUGGCGACAGUGACGACAACAUCACCGUACCGGUAGUCGUGGGAGUCAGUCUUCCACUUGCCGCUGCUGUCAUCGUUCUUAUUGUUUUUGUCGUUCACUUCUGGCGUCGCUUGAAGGUAAAAGGUAGGAGGGGAACAACUAUCAGGUUCGUGCCAGGUGUUAGACGCAGUGGUGACAGCACUCUGCACCUGUCCAACUCCUUCGGGUCCUGUCAGGAAUCAAACGAGGCUGAACCCUGUGAACACUAUGCUUCUCUGGGAAACUCUGCUCAGCUGUGUUCUGGUGAUCCUAUUCUUGUUCCUGAAGACAAAGCUUCAGUUCAUUCUGAGACGAGUCUCCCACCCCCUCUAUGUAACGGUACUGUACAGGAAGAAUGGGGUGGAUACAUUACGCCAGUAUACUAGAGUUUAUAACAGUUAAAUAUAGAUUUUCACAAUUUAUACAUUUUGUUAUUUAUCUUAUCAUUUACUAAGAUGCUUCGCUCAUCUUUUUUAAAAUAUUUGACGACAUAAUCUUCAUUAAAACCACAAAAUUCCUUAUUCAUGUUACAUUUAUUUCUAGUUUUUAAAUUCUGUUUGAUAGUAAAAAGGUUCUUUGUGAUAUUCUAAAGGUACUUAAUGAUGUCAAAUGUAUGACAAAACUGUUAUUGAAAUUCGUUACCUCAUCGACCACAAGCUAUUUAGCAGACAUUUGAAACACGAACACCUCUAAAUAAUAAAACAUUUGCUUUCAAAUUUUACUUAUUUGUUACUUAAUUUAAUUUUAGUUUAGUUUUGCAAUCAACUACUGCCUGUAACACAGAUAAUCCUGAAGAUUUUAAAAGGAGAAUAAAGUAGAAUACAAUGUAUAACACUGAUGUGUCACACUUUAGCUGUCUAUUAUUAAAACUUGCUACACUGUUUAAAGUACAUCUAGUUCCAAUGUGAAGUAAUUCAUAUUUAUUCGUGUAACCUAACCGCGAGUAAAAUAUUUUUCACUUGAUUAAAUUGCUUGAUGUCUAUAUAUAUAUAUGUAAAAGUGCCAGCUUGCCAUUAAAUCUGUGACAGGAAGUUGAACAUUAUAAGAGUAAAGAUGUUUUGCCAAAGUGCUGACUAACAAUAAAUGUGUGAGAGUGAGAGAGAUAAAGUGAAAGAGAGGCGGGGAUACUCAGUUUGCCUUACCUUGUA